AAAUUAUACAUGAUACAAACACAUAUACUAUGAUAUACAACUUUCCAAUCAAGACUAGACACACUGCGCUGUAGAAUCCCACAACGUUAAUAAAACUUGCUUUCGUAAGCAUGAAUCUUUGCAUGCGGAUAACUAAAUAUGCGUGCUCUGACUAUGAAGUGCUUUCAGUGAGUUCCUGAACUGUUAACAUAAACCGAAUAAAUAAUUUUAAUGAGAGAAACAAAGAUAAUAAUGAACGAGGAGAAGAAGAAGGAGAAGAGAAAAGAAAAAAGGUGUGUCCCUUCACCCUUCACUUUUGCCUUUAGUGCCAAGCUAUCACGAGACUCCUCUGAAACCUCUCCUGCCUCUCUAAUUAGUCUUUCUGCUGCCAAGCCUGUGAAAAUCAGAAGCCAAAAGCCUAUCUUUCUUUCCAUCUUCUCUCCUUAAUUUCUGCCAAAAGACAAAGGAAAAAGAAGUUCGUUGACAAAACUAAUUUUCUCCGUUUUCAUCUUCUUCCCCGAGCUCCGUUAAUCCUUCUUCUCCAUGGCUCGUCUCUGCCUUCAUGUCCUCUGCCUUCUUCUUCUGUUUUCUCCUCCUGAUCUUUGACGGGUCUUUUCUGUUUCAUGUCUCCCUCGGGUUAGCCUUGAUGAAUAUCAGUAAGAAUCCAUGUUUCUGAAUCAGUUCAUGCACUUCUUAAAAUCAAUCCACACUUUCAGGAGGAAGACAAACAAAUAAGUAAACACAACACAUAUAAGAAGAAGAAAGAAGAAGUCCUUUAUCUGUCACUCACUUCCUUCAAUGGCUUCAUCGUGUUUCAACCCGUUUCGUCUCCGAAGAUCAAAGAGCAGCAAACGCUUGUCGUCAUCCCUUCCUUCGUCUUCGAAAGCCCGCCUCAACUCCGACAUGGAGAACAUGGAGAGGAAGAGGUUCGACAGCCUGGAGUCAUGGUCGAUGAUCUUGGACUCCGAGAACGUCGAGACGUGGGAGGCUUCUAAAGAGGACCAGGAGGAGUGGACUGCCGAUCUCUCCCAACUCUUUAUCGGGAACAAGUUUGCCUCUGGAGCCCAAAGCCGGAUAUACCGUGGGAUUUAUAAGCAGCGAGCCGUCGCCGUGAAGAUGGUUCGUGUCCCGAACCAGAAGGAGGAGACUAGAGCUUCACUUGAGCAGCAGUUCAAGUCUGAAGUUGCCUUCCUCUCACGUCUCCUUCAUCCUAACAUUGUGCAGUUCAUUGCAGCAUGUAAGAAGCCACCAGUGUACUGCAUCAUCACAGAGUACAUGUCUCAGGGAAACCUAAGGAUGUACCUCAACAAGAAGGAGCCUUACUCCCUUUCGACCGAGACGAUCCUAAGGCUCGCUCUCGACAUCUCACGGGGAAUGGAGUACCUUCACUCCCAAGGGGUGAUCCACCGAGACCUCAAAUCGAACAACUUACUCCUGAACGACGAGAUGCGGGUCAAAGUGGCCGAUUUCGGAACGUCCUGCCUGGAGACGCAGUGCAGGGAAACCAAAGGCAACAAGGGGACUUACCGGUGGAUGGCGCCCGAGAUGAUCAAGGAGAAGCCCUACACCAGGAAGGUCGAUGUUUACAGCUUUGGGAUCGUUCUGUGGGAGCUCACAACCGCUCUGCUCCCGUUCCAAGGAAUGACUCCCGUUCAGGCCGCUUUCGCCGUGGCGGAGAAGAACGAGAGGCCGCCUCUUCCGGCGAGCUGCCAGCCUGCUCUGGCCCACCUGAUUAAGCGGUGUUGGGCGACGAACUCGGCAAAGCGGCCCGAUUUCAGUGACAUCGUGGCAGCUCUUGAGAAGUACGACGAAUGCGUCAAGGAAGGCCUUCCCUUGACUCACCACUCACCACUAGUGAGCCGAAACGUGAUCUUGAAUCGAUUGAAGGACUGCGUAUCCAUGAGAUCUUCUGUCCCCGUACAGGCCUGACAGACACUCGUGUAAGAUCCUCAACAUUCAUAGGGGUAGAUCAGUCUGAUAUUAUUUUUGUACAUUUUUUCAUGGUCCAUUCUCACAUAUAUGUUCCACAUAACUAUGUCAUAGCGCGCCAUCGAAACAGUUUCUCAUGUUACAUAUCAUCUAUCGGUACACCCAAUAUUUGACUGGUCCUGUAGUUCAAGAUGUUCAGAGUAUUAUUGUUCGACUCUGUCAGUAAACGUUCGUUAACGAUCGAGAAUGGAGUUGAAAAUUCGUUGUUUCAGUUGACAAAGAUGUAUAUGGAUGAAAAUGUUAGAAAGA